AACUUGACAAAAGAAGAUAUUCCCCAAAAAAGGUAAAAGGCUGUGAUAGUGAUAAGACCUUUGAGAGAUAUCACACUUCUUUCAUAUUUCCAGCUGACUUGACUUUAGAGAGUCUGUCCCACGACACCAUGGCUGCAUCCUUGUUUGCUGCAUGGACUACUGCUAGGCUAGCUUAGGAUAUAGGCUACUGUAAGUUGAAAGGACACUAAGCUACAUAGGCUACGUGAGCGCUUCUUUGUUAUGCCAUUUCCUUUAUUCGGUGCUAUACUGUAGCAUUUUCUUGCACACUGUGCACCACAGCAGUAUAAGCAGGUCAAUUUCUUUGUUUACAUUUUUAGCAGCCCUAGUUGUGUGCCAUCAGUGGCAGUCUCAUUGUUUAUUGUUCAUUGCUUCAUUGAUGCUUUUUUUGGCUUUCUGAAAUGGAAUGGAAAGAGACAUGAGAAUAAACAGAAAGUGUAAAAUCAAGAUUUUUUAUUUUGUUUCAUGGAUGAUGUAGGGCGUCGUAUGAACGCUAGUAACCCCGACAAUUUCACCGAAAAUAACCCGGGCACUGCAGCAUCAGCAGCACCGGAUGCGCAGGUGCGGAUUUUAAAGAGACAGCCCUUUAAAAUAAACGUCUUUGUGCAAUCUAGAUUUUAGGCAAUGGGUAUUGGUAUGACAAACACAGCAGAUAAUUAUCCUGAGUGUUUUCAAAUUCCGACGUACUAAAGAGCUCGUAAUGCCGUGCGCAUCACACGACCACUUGCCAAAAAUAUUUUGCGCAAGAAGCUGUAAGCAUAUUUCAGGCUACACAGUGAAGCCCCUGUAUCAUGUAUAGCACGGACCACCCUGUGAGUUCAUGGUAGGCAUAGUGAUGUAAUUUCUGGGGGAGGUCAUUGUGACUGGACCAGCCCUCAAGCAUGUGAGAAUCAGGGAGAACUUAAACUUAAGAUCCUAGCCUCCUCAGAGAUGAUGUGUUGGCAUGUUGCCAAACCUCUCACAGACGUGGUCCAUGGCAGUGUGGAGUUGGUGGCGAACACAGCAUAAUUAACAUUAACAGACAGACUUGCGCAUGAAUGUUCCGUAUGAUGCGAGAAUAAGGCACUGUUUACCCAUUUUCUUUUCAUUGUGCUCAUUCAACUCGGGUAUGCGGACCAUCUUUCUAACGAAACCCUACAGUAACGCCCCAUACCCAGACCGGCGGGCGUGUCAGAGAUGCACUGACCGGUGAAACGGCACUGCGUGCUAUCGAACUACUGCGGUGCAUGACAGGAAAAGAGGAGACUGGUCGUCAACAUGGGAACACGGGACCGAAACUAGACAAUUGGAUCCUGCAUGGGUUCAUUCUUCUGGAAUUAUUGUAAUUUUUAUGGACGCUAUGCCCCUUGGAACAGGAGAUUUCCCGGAGGAAAACGGCUCCUUCGUUGUUAAACGGGAUUGUGCGUUCAAUGGACCCUGACACUCUGUGCACAUCAUUUUACAAGCCACGGUUCUGGGCCCUUCUCCUGUUGCUGAAUUAUUGGGUGAUUUUAGCCUAAAGAUGAAACGGACGUCGCCCUGAAAAACGGUGUCCAGAAGUGGUCCAGAACUACUGUCAUCUGAAUUUCUAAUCAUAUAAAAACUGCCAGCAUGGCGGAGAGGCCUGGGGAUGCGGUCGCCGUCUCCAUCCCCAUGGUGGAGACCAAUAAGCCGGCCGGAGCGCUGCCGCCUGCUGCGCCGACGGACGCUGCCCUGCUCACACACCUGAAGAAGGUGGAGAACCACAUCACCGAGGCCCAGCGCUUCUCCCACCUGCCCCGACGCUCCGCCGUGGACCUGGAGUUCAAGGAGCUCUCCUACAUCAUCCGCGAGGGCCCCUGCUGGAGGAGGAGAGGAUACAAGGCCCUACUGAAGUGUCUGUCGGGGAAGUUCUGCAGCCGAGAGCUAAUCGGCAUCAUGGGCCCGUCAGGAGCGGGCAAGUCCACCCUGAUGAACAUCCUUGCAGGCUACAGGGAAACGGGGAUGAAGGGACAGAUCCUGGUGAAUGGGAAGCCCCGGGACCUGCGCACCUUCCGGAAGAUGUCCUGCUACAUCAUGCAGGAUGACAUGCUGCUGCCAAACCUCACCAUCCGGGAGGCCAUGAUGGUGUCAGCAAACCUUAAGCUCAAUGAAAGUAUGGAGGUGAAAAAAGAGCUGGUGAAUGAGAUCCUGACAGCUCUGGGCCUGCAGGAGUGUGCCCAGACUCGAACCCAUUCUCUGUCCGGGGGUCAGUGCAAGAGGCUGGCCAUCGCCCUGGAGCUUGUCAACAACCCGCCCGUCAUGUUUUUUGACGAGCCCACGAGUGGCCUGGACAGCUCCUCCUGUUUCCAAGUGGUCUCCCUAAUGAAGUCACUGGCACAGGGGGGCAGGACCAUCAUCUGCACCAUCCACCAGCCGAGCGCCAAGCUCUUCGAGAUGUUCGAUAAGCUGUACAUUUUGAGCCAAGGCCAGUGCAUAUACAAGGGCACUGUCACCUACCUCAUCCCCUACCUGAAGAACCUGGGCCUGCACUGCCCCACCUACCACAAUCCUGCAGACUUCAUUAUCGAGGUGGCCAGUGGAGAGUACGGGGACCUCAAUCCCGUCCUCUUCGAGGCCGUGCAGGGAGGACUCUGCACUGAGGAGGGGAAGAAGAACUCCAGCGACAAGAACGACCCGGCUUCCUCCUGUCCUUCUCAAUGUCACACCGAUGCAGGACACAUUGAGAAGCACACCUUUGCCACGAGUACCCUGAAUCAGUUCUGCAUUCUCUUCAAGAGGACCUUCAUCACAAUAUGUCGGGACACGGUACUGACCCACCUGAGGGUGAUGUCCCACAUCUGCAUAGGCGUUCUGAUUGGUCUCCUGUACUUGAACAUUGGGAACGACGCCAGCAAGGUGUUCAAUAACACCGGCUUCCUCUUCUUCUCCAUGCUCUUCCUCAUGUUCGCCGCCCUCAUGCCCACCGUACUUACCUUUCCCCUGGAGAUGUCCGUUUUUCUUAGAGAACACCUGAACUACUGGUACAGCCUGAAGGCCUACUACCUUGCCAAGACCAUGGCAGACAUACCAUUCCAGAUCAUCUGUCCGAUCAUGUACUGCAGUAUAGUGUACUGGAUGACCGAGCAGCCCCCGGAGGCCGCCAGGUAUCUGCUCUUCAUGGCCCUGUCCACCUCCACUGCUCUAGUGGCCCAGUCGCUCGGCCUCCUUAUCGGAGCUGCGUCCACGUCCCUGCAGGUGGCCACAUUCGUGGGUCCAGUCACCGCCAUCCCUGUGCUUUUGUUCUCUGGCUUCUUUGUGAAUUUUGACACCAUCCCCAAGUACCUGCAAUGGAGCUCCUAUGUGUCUUAUGUCAGGUAUGGCUUCGAGGGAGUCAUUCUGUCCAUUUACGGGAUGAACCGGUCAGAGCUGGCCUGCCCCGGGACCAUGCCCUCUGGCUUCUGCAAGUUCCAGAAGCCAGAGGAGGUGCUGCAGCUGCUGGACGUGGAGGACGCCAAGCUCUAUGUGGACUUCAUGGUGCUCGGAGCCUUCUUCCUGAUUCUCAGACUGGCCACCUACUUUGUGCUGCGCUACAAAGUGAAGUCCGAACGCUGACCGCGGUCAGUGCUCCGACAGAAUCACUCUUUGAUAAUAGGCACUGCAACGUACAUGAAUGGAUGUUGUACAAAGAGACACACAUACAAAGUAUACACACACAUUCUGACAUACACAAACACACUCACGUUCACACACACUACACAUUUACACCAACCAAUGCAAAUUACUUUUGAAUCUGUUUUGUACCUCGUAUAAAUCUUAGACUUGAACAAUCAGACUUGAAUUAAUUUAAAAACUUUUCCAUGUAUUUUUUUCAAUACAUGACUAAAAUGUUUUGUUUGAAGGUAUUGUCCUUUCUGUUAUCUUCAGACGAUGAAGUGUUUUGUUUACUUUUUAUUCACUGCAUUUAUUUUUUUAAAAGUCUCUACUUUUAGUUUCUCAGUCAAAUCUACCUUUUUAUAUAGUCAUUGUGUAUCAUCACUUAACACAGUGUAAAUACAUUGGGAACUGAUUCGCGACGCAUGAUUCUCUAUGGAAGGGGUUGGAUGCACUGUCUCUGUCAAUGGAAAAAAACAAAUGUAUGCCCUUCAGUAGCAUGUGGACUGGCCGCUAGCCCUUUGCCCUAAAGACCAGGACUCUCAACAGAACACGAGGGAUGUAAGUUAUGCCCCUAACAGAUGGCGCUGCGGCCAUGUAAGUAUGUACUCAAACGUUUACGUGGCUAACCAGAAUUGUUUUUUUUUUUGUUUGUUUGUUAUUUUUGGUGUGUACUUGGAAUAAGAGUCACUCUCGAAUGCCUCUUUUGGACUCUCAUGGUUUGCAUUUCGGACAGAAACGUCAGUGGCACCUGAUGUGGGGACUACAAUGUAUUCCACACUUCACAGGCUUUCAUUGUUUUCUUUAUUCCAACAUUGAUAACAUGAACUGCUUGUCCAGUGGCCCAGUUUGCACCGAACUGGAUGGACUUGCACAGUGGAUGUCUGAUCUAGUUCAUCAAUGUGAGAGAGAGAGAGAAAAAGAGGAUACCUCCACCUCAUUCGUCUGUGGCUGUGAGUGUGAAUAGGUGCAUACCCUGGAAGAGGUGAUCUCUCAGUUGUCAUGGGACGCCAUGCAACGCCUCAUCCCCAUCAUUACUAACCAUUAACUAAACUCGUCCCAGUAACGGGAUCACCCAGCAUAUCCACCGUUUCCCCAGGAGCAUGACUGAUUCAUAAGGAAAGGUUUGCAUCUGCAAAAAACAUGUUCCUUUUUUUAACACUUGGUGACUAACCUGGAGAGAUUGUGUCAACAACAACAGCAAUGCUUUUUUCUUGGUUCAAUUCCCUGCUCAACAUUUCCAAUUAUUUUCUAUAAAUGUAGACUGUUACAGACUGAACCUUGCAGUUGAUAAAAAUGUCUCUCUAAAGUGAUACCAUAACAUCUCACUGUAUAGAAUACCUGUGUUUAGUUGUAGUUACAAGAAGAGGUUGAACCUUCGACACAAUGUUCCAAAGCCUAGUGAAUGCCAUUGUGUCAUCAGUUGAACCUUCUACUUUGAGUAGUUGCAUUUAUUUUCACAGUUAUUCACUGAAAAUGUUUCCAUGAAUCCGUAUUCUCUUAGUCCAGGAAACGCUCCAGUCUACCUGUGUUCACGACAUGACUUUCUUGGUGGAUGGGCUUUGUGUGCAACUAUUUUAUCUGUGUCAUUUUCGUAAGGAUUGUCAGAUGUCCAGUGUCGUUAGCCACACUGUUGGAUACUUGAAAUGCUAGGUUGGCCAAUCAUUUGUCUCACGGCCAGUUUGGUUUACUGUGACUGCAGUAGUAAACUCCGAUGCUUAUGAUUUGCACCUAUAUAUCUCACCCAUAUGCUGUACGCUCCAGGGAGGCUCCUCUUGACAACAGUGCAAUGCAAAGAUCUUUGUUUAUAAUGAAAAAAUGUCGAAACUAUGAAAAUAUCUCUCAUGAUUAUUGACUCUGCUACUUAGUUUGUCCUAUAAUACUACUAAUAAUAACCUUGACUAUAUACACAAUGACAGUAGAUGUGUGAUGCGUAAACAAAAAUGUAUGUACAUAUAUGCACUUUUGUUAAUGUUUCUCAAAUGAUUUUGGAUUAAUUUGUAUUUAUUUUUAUUUUUAUACGAAUAUGGAGGGCACUGCUUAGUUGAGUCUGGAACUGGGGACAGCAUGAUCUCGGAAG